GAACGAGUCGAGGUGAUAUGUCAUCUGCAUGCUGCAGCUCGAUGACUGAAGUUGGACCAAACUUGGUUCUGGAGUGAAGGCAGCGGAGGUGCUGCUUGACCUGCUGAGGGCUUCCAGCGUUUCCUCCUUUAGCUUUGCACUCCCGCCAUCUGCAGCUUUAUGCGACAAUUACUAACCAACAUAAGUUCUCUGCCUUUGAAUCCUAAGCCUCUAUUUUAAAGGAUGCUUCAGCUGCGAAUUAUUAAAGGGGGCUUCAGCCUCCUGGGGGUGAAGCAGAUUACAGUACUCAAUGCUCGUUUUCAGAGCACUCGAAGUGUGGACUACAAGCCCAUCAAAAAAGUGAUGGUGGCAAAUAGAGGUGAGAUUGCGAUCAGGGUCUUCCGAGCAUGCACCGAGCUUGGGAUCCGCACCGUGGCAGUCUACUCCGAGCAGGACACGGGACAGAUGCAUAGACAGAAGGCCGACGAAGCCUACCUGAUUGGGAAAGGACUGCCUCCUGUUCAAGCCUACUUGCACAUCCCUGACAUCAUUAAAGUGGCCAAGGAGAAUGAAGUGGAUGCGAUUCACCCGGGCUACGGAUUCCUGUCAGAGAGAGCGGACUUUGCACAGGCCUGCGUGGAUGCUGGAGUGCGCUUCAUUGGACCCUCCCCCGACGUGGUGCACAAAAUGGGUGACAAAGUGGAGGCUCGUGCCAUUGCCGUCGAAGCUGGUGUUCCAAUUGUACCAGGAUCCUCAGCGCCUGUAACAUCUCUGGCUGAAGCCCAAGAAUUCGCCAACACAUAUGGCUACCCAAUCAUGUUCAAAGCUGCUUAUGGAGGUGGUGGCAGAGGAAUGAGAGUGGUCCGUGACUAUGAGGAGCUGGAGGAGAACUACCAGCGAGCUUACUCUGAGGCCCUGUCUGCUUUUGGAAACGGAGCUCUGUUCAUCGAGCGGUUCAUCGAGAGACCCAGGCAUAUUGAAGUACAGAUACUCGGCGAUAAGUACGGGAAUGUGAUCCACUUGUACGAGAGAGACUGCUCCAUCCAGCGACGUCACCAGAAGGUGGUGGAGAUAGCCCCUGCGGCUCAGCUGGACCAGCAUUUGAGAGACCGGCUCACCUCCGACGCAGUCAGACUGGCCAAACGGGUGGGCUACGAAAAUGCCGGCACCGUGGAAUUUCUCAUCGAUAAGCAUGGCAAGCACUUUUUCAUCGAGGUCAACUCCAGGCUUCAAGUCGAGCACACUGUUACUGAAGAAAUUACUGAUGUUGACCUUGUCCAUGCCCAGGUACACAUCACCGAAGGCAAGAGUUUACCCGACCUGGGCCUGAAGCAGGAAAAUAUCCGAAUCAAUGGCUGUGCCAUCCAGUGCAGAGUUACAACCGAGGAUCCAGCACGCGGCUUCCAACCCGACACCGGUCGUAUUGAGGUUUUCCGCAGUGGAGAAGGAAUGGGAAUCCGCUUGGACAUUGCCUCGGCGUUCCAGGGGGCAGUGAUCUCACCACAUUAUGACUCGCUGCUGGUCAAGGUGAUUGCUCACGGCAAGGAUCACCCCACGGCUGCCUCCAAGUUGAACCGAGCCCUUGCUGAGUUCAGAAUACGAGGGGUCAAGACCAAUAUCCCGUUCCUGCAGAACGUGCUGAGCAACGACCAGUUCCUCUACGGCAUCGUGGACACUCAGUUCAUCGACGAGAACCCCGACCUCAUCCUCCUGAGGCCCGUGCAGAACCGAGCCCAGAAGCUGCUGCACUACCUAGGUCAUGUGAUGGUUAAUGGACCAGUGACUCCAAUCCCAGUCAUGGCAAAACCCUCUCCUGUGGACGCCAUCAUCCCCCAGGUUCCUCUGGGUGACCCUCCGGCAGGAUUCCGCGACAUUCUCCUGAGGGAAGGUCCAGAGGGCUUUGCAAAGGCGAUCCGGAAACACAAGGGGCUUCUCCUGACAGACACCACCUUCCGAGACGCCCACCAGUCGCUCCUGGCAACCCGUGUCCGCACACAUGACCUGAAGCUCAUCUCCCCCUACGUGGCUCACAACCUGCACCGGCUCUUCAGCAUUGAGAACUGGGGAGGUGCGACCUUUGACGUGGCAAUGCGCUUCCUGUAUGAGUGUCCCUGGAGGCGCCUGCAGGAGCUGCGAGAUCUCAUCCCCAACAUCCCCUUCCAGAUGCUUCUGCGGGGCGCCAAUGCGGUCGGUUACACCAACUACCCCGAUAACACCGUGUACAAGUUCUGCGAGGUGGCCAAGGAGAACGGAAUGGACAUCUUCCGUGUGUUCGACUCCCUGAACUACCUGCCCAACAUGAUCCUGGGCAUGGAGGCAGCGGGCAAUGCUGGCGGGGUGGUGGAGGCCGCCAUCUCCUACACCGGCGACGUCUGCGACACCAGCAGGACCAAGUACUCGCUGGACUACUACCUGAAGCUGGCCGACGAAUUGGUAUCUGCCGGCACCCACAUCCUCAGCAUCAAGGACAUGGCGGGAUUGCUGAAGCCCAACUCGGCCAAGCUGCUGGUGGGAGCGCUGCGGGACCGCUUCCCGGACAUCCCGCUCCACAUCCACACGCACGACACGGCCGGCGCUGGGGUGGCCUCCAUGCUGGCCGCAGCCGAGGCGGGGGCGGACGUGGUGGAUGUCGCCGUGGACGCCAUGUCGGGCAUGACCUCGCAGCCCAGCAUGGGCGCCCUGGUGGCCUGUACCAAGGGAACGGAACUCGACACAGGCAUCAACCUGGAGAACGUCAGUGACUACAGCGAAUACUGGGAGAUGACCCGGCAACUGUACGCUCAGUUCGACUGUACGGCCACCAUGAAGUCCGGCAACUCGGACAUCUACGAGAACGAGAUACCCGGCGGUCAGUACACCAACCUCCACUUCCAGGCCUACAGCAUGGGCCUGGGCAACAGGUUCAAGGCUGUGAAGAAGGCUUACACUGAAGCCAACCAACUGCUUGGAGAUUUGAUAAAGGUGACCCCUUCCUCGAAGAUCGUGGGCGACCUAGCCCAGUUCAUGGUGCAGAACAACCUCAGCCGAGAGGACGUGGAGGCUGACGCCGAGGAGCUGUCCUUCCCCCAGUCGGUGGUGGAGUUCCUGCAGGGGUACAUCGGGAUUCCCCACGGGGGGUUCCCCGAGCCCUUCCGCACCAAGGUGCUGAAGGAUCUGCCUCGGAUUGAGGGCCGGCCGGGGGCCUCUCUCCCGCCCCUGGACUUUGAGAACCUGGAGAAGGAUCUCCGACUGCGGCAUGAGGACGAGAUCACGCCUGAGGAUGUGAUGUCCGCCGCCAUGUACCCCAAGGUCUUCGACGAGUACAAGGACUUCACCGCUCAGUUUGGGCCUGUGGAGUGUCUCAACACUCGCCUCUUCUUGGAGGGACCAAAGAUCGCCGAGGUCUUCCAGGUGCAGCUGGAGAGAGGGAAGACUCUGCACAUCAAGGCGCUGGCCCUGGGAGACCUCAACAUGGCGGGCCAGAGGGAGGUGUUCUUCGAGAUGAACGGGCAGCUGCGCUCAGUCUUGGUCAAAGAUACGCAAGCCAUGAAGGAGAUGCAUUUCCACCCCAAGGCCCUGAAGGACGUCAAGGGUCAGAUCGGCGCCCCGAUGCCGGGCAAGGUGAUCGACAUCAAGGUGAAGGAGGGCAGUCGGAUCGAGAAGGGUCGCCAGCUGUGCGUGCUGAGCGCCAUGAAGAUGGAGACCGUCGUCAACUCGCCCAUGUCCGGCACCGUGACCAAGAUCUAUGUCACCCGCGACAUGCACCUGGAGGGGGACGACCUGAUCCUGGAGAUCGAAUAGCGGAGACCGGGGGCCCCCCACCACCUCCCCCCCGACACUCCCGCUCCCCCCUGCCCCACCGCAGGGAGGGACUGUCCCUACACCCUGGCCUAACGUACUCACUCACAGAUCCCCGACAGAACAGGGUCCUUCCUUCGGGAUGGGCGAUCCCUCCCGUGCCCACCUGCCACUCCCUGAACCACCAUCACCUCCCCCUGACUGCCAAACACCUCCCCCCCCCAACCCCACACACACACACACACACACACACACACACACACACACACACACACACACACACACACACA